ACAGGGAGAAGCCGGAAGAGCGAGAGAGCGACACGGAUCCCACAGAUCCCACAGAUCCCAGUAGCGAGCCUGGUUCCCCGUCACGUCGAGGAGAGACUCCACCGGCCGGUGAUCGAUACGUCUGAUCGGACUCUACCUGUCGAGCACGCGUGUUUCACUGAAGAUGUGGAAGGCAGCAGCGGGACAGUCGGUCAGCGUGGCCGUGAACGAGGACGCAGACGACUGGGAGACGGACCCCGACUUUGAGAAUGACGUGUCGGAGAGGGAGCAGCGCUGGGGGGCCAAGACGGUGGAGGGCUCUGGACACCAGGAGCACAUCGACAUCCACCGGCUGCGUGAGACGGUGUCCACGGAGCACACCAGCCUGAAGCAGAAGGAGCAGGAGACCAUGCCCAAGGCCUCGCACGGCUACGGGGGCAAGUUCGGGCUGCAGCAGGACCGCAUGGACAAGUCGGCUGUGGGUCACGACUACCAGAGCAAGUUAUCUACACACUGCUCCCAGACGGACACGUCCAAGGGCUUCGGGGGCAAGUUUGGAGUCCAGGCGGACCGCGUGGACCAGUCAGCUGUUGGGUUCGAGUACGCCGGGAAGACGGAGAAACACGCUUCACAGAAAGACUACUCCACUGGGUUCGGGGGGCGGUAUGGCGUGCAGGCCGACCGCGUGGACCAGAGCGCCAUGGGCUUCGACUACCAGGGCAAGACGGAGAAACACGAGUCCCAGAAAGAUUACAGCAAGGGCUUCGGCGGUAAGUUCGGCGUGGAGACCGACAAGGUGGACAAGAGCGCCAUGGGCUUCGACUACCAGGGCAAGACGGAGAAACACGAGUCCCAGAAAGACUACGUGAAGGGCUUCGGGGGGAAGUUCGGCGUGCAGACGGACCGGCAGGACAAGUCGGCUCUGGGUUGGGACCACCAGGAGAAACUGCAGCAGCACGAGUCCCAGAAAGAUCACUCGAAAGGAUUUGGAGGCAAAUUUGGAGUUCAGAAUGACCGGAUGGAUAAAAGCGCCGGGACGUUCGAGGAUGUGCAGAAGGUGACCUCCUCUUACCAGAAGACCAAACCCGUGGAGGCUGCCGGCAGCAACACGGGGAGCAUCAAGGCUCGCUUCGAGAACAUCGCCAAGGAGAAGGAGGAGGAGGACCGCAAGCGCGCCGAGGAGGAGCGAGGCCGUCGGCAGGUCAAGGAGAAGCAGGAGCAGGAGGAGGCGCGCCGCCAGAUCCAGGAGGCGCCCAAGGCCCCCUCUCCCGCCCCUGCUGCCAGUCCCAGUCCCGGUCCCAGUCCCACCCCCAGCCCGACCCCGCCUGUCCAGCCGGCGGCCGCCCCGGCGUACCAGGUGCACCUGGUGCAGGCGGAGGACGUGACCCACGAGGCCGCCGAGGAGAACGGGGGGCCUCAGAACGAGGAGGCCCUGUACCAGAACCCCCAGGAGGACCUGCACCAGAACCCCCAGGAAGACCUGUACCAGAACACCCAGGAGGACCUGUACCAGGACCCCCAGGAGGCGGAGCCAGCAAAAGGCGGCCAGGACGAGUACGGCGAGGACCUCGGGGUGACGGCGGUGGCGCUGUACGACUACCAAGCAGCCGGCGAAGACGAGAUCUCCUUCGACCCCGACGACAUCAUCACCAACAUCGAGAUGAUCGACGAGGGCUGGUGGCGAGGCGUGUGCGGCGGCGCCUACGGCCUGUUCCCCGCCAACUACGUGGAGGUUCGGCAAUGAUGGCGCCCGAGACCCCGAGGAGGGAACCCACAAAGAGGGAGGAGACGACCCCCCCCCCCCCCCCCCCCCCCAACUCCUUUACCCCCCCUUUACCCACCUUUUAGUCUUUUCUCUCGUCACCUCAUCAUGAGACUCCUCUGGUCUCCUAGCUCCUAGUUCCUUUGCCCCCCCCCCCCUCCUCAGCUUCUUCUUCACUCUUGAGGUGACGGUUCCUCUCAGCCAAUGAGGAGCCGGAGCAGCUUAAUUAAAGUGUGACGGUUCCUCUCAGCCAAUGAGGAGCCGGAGCAGCUUAAUUAAAGUGUGACGGUUCCUCUCAGCCAAUGAGGAGCCGGAGCAGCUUAAUUAAAGUGUGACGGUUCCUCUCAGCCAAUGAG